AUGAACUUUCGUGGUGUGGAACCACUAGUUCUUGGACAAGUAGACACCUACUACCGAAGACCUACUUACUAGUUAUAAUAUUCUAUUCUUUCGCAGCUUCAUCUUCGGAUCUUGAACCUUUCAGAUCUGCAAGAAGUGAGGCAUACACACUGACCCAAGAAACUACUCCCUCAGUCCAAAAUGCUGAGUGAUCGCAGCCAUGACCUUGCUGAACAGUCCCAGCUCCACAUCAAGGACAAUGGCAGCAAGCUCUUCUCUAGGCUUUUGUCCAAGGAAAACUCUGUGGCCAACCCUUCUUUCAGGGUUUACUAUGGAGGAAAUUCAGGUGCUAUUCCAUUCAUGUGGGAGUCACAACCAGGUACUCCAAAGCACACCUUUUCUGAGGCCUCUAUUCCUCCACUAGCACCACCACCUUCUUAUUAUUCCACUCCCACAUCGAAAACAAUGAAAAAGAACUCAAAGCCAAACCUUUUGUACACCCUUUUCCCUAAGGUAACUCCAAGGAAAGCCCUUGGGUCACCUUCAUCAUCAUUGUCAUCUAUGUCAUCAUCAUCGCUAUCAUCAUGGUCAUCAUCAACUUAUUCUUCAUCAUCACCUACUUCAACAUUGUGCUUUAGUGCAAAAAAGCAUAAAAGAUCAAAGGUGUUUCGAGGGUGCUAUCAAAUUUGGAACAUGAAGAACGCGUUCUUGUCCAUUGUAGGCCACGGAUCAGGCCAAGGUACUGCUUAGAAUACUCAUGUUGGAUGUUAAUCUUUUUUGGCAUCAUGUAGAAACUUUGAUCUAUAGUAUAGGGGUCUUAGUGUUACAUGUUUGGCUUCGUCGUGUUCAAUGUCAUCUCUCAUGAUCUUGCGAACGAUGUCUCCUUGAUAUUUCAUGUUUCCAAAUUUUCUAAGCUCGUUUGUUAGAUUUUUUUAUAGCUUAUUUAGCUUAUGUACAAUUUUUUA